CAGAGAUCGAUACUCUAUUCAUAUUCCUCAUCCUAGGAAGCUUAACAUGGACAAUGCAGAUAGUGAAAAACAUGAUGCUUGUCACAGUAUCACACAUCAAAUACAUGCAAUUUGCAAGUGGGACACAAGUUGACUUCAAAACUGCAGCAAGAAACUCAGCUAAGUACUCAAUGGGGAGUAUUUGCAUGGGCUCAAUUUUUAUACCAGUUCUUGGUGUCAUCCGGGGUUCAGCUCGAGGUGUAAAUUUGGUUUCUGGAGACGCAGAUGAGUUCAUGUGCUCCGCAAAUUGCUGUUCUGGAGUUGCAUUAAAGCUUGUAGCAUAUGGGAAUAGAUGGGGCUUUGUGCAAGUAGGGGUUUACAGCAAAGGGAUUGUGCGAGCAUCAACGGAUACAUGGGAGAUGUUCAGAAGACUUGGAAUGGAAAAGCUGAUAAACUCUGACCUCACCAGUUCAUUCUGCUUCCUCUCCGGGGUGGCAGCAGGAUCCAUAUGUGCACUAGUUGGUGGUAGUUGGGCACUUCUGAUCCACAAGACCUAUGCAACAGAAGUGUCCUUGUACACAUUCUUAAUCGGAUAUUUUAUGAGUAGGGUCGCCAUGGCAUGGGUACAAGCCAGCAUUGCAGCGUAUUAUGUUGCAUAUGCAGAAAACCCCCAGAGCCAGCAAUUUGACAGUACUAUUCCAGAUUAUAUCCGGGAGAUAGAAAGAUCACAAGUACAAAAUUCACAAGAGUUGGUUCGUACGGCUCAUGUAGAAUCCAUGUUAUAGAGACACAUUUUUAAUAUCUUUUACAUACAUGUAUGUAAA